AUGACAGCAUCGGCCGUCACGUUUUAUCUUCAGCCCAGCGAUGAACAUCCUGCCAGCACCCUCCUCCAGACUUCAUUGGCCUCCCUGGUGGCAGAAGCUAAAUCAAAAUCAACUGAAUAUAAUCUGUGUAACAACAGCAGCUCCAUAAAAUCUCUUAGAACUCUGAGAGCCUUGAGACCACUUCGAGCAUUAUCCAGAUUUAAAGGGAUUAAGGUUGUGGUGAAUGCCCUCGUAGGUGCCAUUCCUUCCAUUGGGAAUGUACUGCUUGUCUGCGUCGUUCUCUGGCUCCCAUUCAACAUCCUUGGAGUCGGCUUAUUUGGAGGAAAAUCUGAGCAUGACAAAGCUGGUUCAGUCUGUGGAAUCAGAAACUACACACGGGUCAAUAGCACCGUCAACUUUAAUAAUGCUGGUCCAGUCUGUGGAAUCAGAAGCUACACACGGGUCAAUAGCACCGUCAACUUUAAUAAUGUUGGGAAUGGAUAUCUGGCUCUUCUUCAGGUGGCAACGUUUAAAGGUUGGACAGAUAUUAUGUAUGAGACCGUAGAUAAACCUCCGGAUGGUGGAGAGCCAUGCUUUGAAAAAAAUAAGUAUGCAUACCUCUACUUUGUGGCCUUUAUCAUAUUUGGAUCUUUCUUCAUGCUGAACCUCUUCAUUGGAGUUGUUAUUGACAAUUUUAACCAGCAAAGGAAAAAGAUAAGUGGAGAACUCAUUUUUUUGUCAGAGGAUCAGAAGAAAUAUUAUAAUGCACUGAAAAAACUUGGUAACAAGAAACUACAGAAGCCUAUUCCACGACCACACAACAAGUACCAAGGAUUUCUUUUUGACUUCAUAAGCAAGAAAGCAUUUGAAAUUUUCAUUUUAAGUAUCAUUCUGUUAAAUGUGGUGGUCAUGGCAGUGGAACAUGAAGGCGAAAGCGAGGAAACUAAGAGUCUUCUUUCAAAUUUAAAUAGAGUCUUUGUUAGCAUCUUUACUGGAGAGUGUCUAAUGAAAAUAUUUGCUUUGCGGCAUUACUACUUCAGAGGUGGCUGGAACAUUUUUGAUUUUGUCGUUGUGAUUCUUUCAAUAACUAGUUUGGCAGCCUCAACACUGGAAGGCCUAUUCCCUCCUACUCUACUGAGGGUCAUUCGGUUGGUCCGGAUCACCAGGCUGCUGAGACUUGUGAGGGGGGCCAGAGGACUCCAAACCCUUCUUUUUGCAUUACUGAUGUCCCUUCCUGCUCUUGCCAACAUUGGGCUCCUCCUUUUCCUGGUCAUGUUUAUUUAUGCUAUUUUUGGUAUGACUAACUUUGCCUGUGCGCCUUGGAAAUACGGGAUCGAUGACACUUUCAACUUCCAAACUUUUGGCAGCAGCAUGCUUUGCCUCUUCCAAAUAACCACGUCCGCUGGCUGGGACGGCCUUCUCCGCCCAAUGCUCGAGAGCAAUAACGGCAAUUGUGCUCCCAAUUUACCCCUCUCACCGCAAAAUGUCACCUGUGUAAACUCAGCUGUAGCAACCACUUAUUUUAUAAGCUACAUAAUUAUAUCAUUCCUCAUUGUAGUCAACAUGUACGUUGCUGUCAUCAUAGAGAAUUUUAACGUGGCCACUGAAGAAAGCACAGAGCCUCUAAACGAUUAUGAUUUUGACGUUUUUUAUGAGACCUGGGCAAGAUUUGAUCCUCAGGCAACUCAAUUCAUUACAUACUCAGCACUUUCAGAUUUCGCCAAUUCCCUGGAGGAACCUUUACGCAUCCCCAAACCCAACAAAGAACAGCUGCUCAAUAUGGACCUUCCUAUGGUGAAUGGAAAUAAAAUCCACUGCUUGGAUGUUUUGCUCGCUUUUACCAAAAGGGUGUUGGGGCAGUCUGGGGAGAUGGACCCUCUUGAAUCCCAGAUAGAGUCGAAGUACAUGAAAGCUAAUCCACAGAAGAUCUCCUAUGAACCCAUCAUAACGACUCCCAGGCGGAAGGUGGAGGAAUGCGCCAUCAUUAUCCAGAGGGCUUUCCGGGUGCAGAGUGCGCUACAGAAAGCCAGGGAUGAGUCCUCUGUGAGCAUCCCAUUGGCAGACAUUAUCGAGGAGGAAGAUGCCUGUGUGCUCAGGCUGAAUGAAAGCGAAGGCAGUCUGUUGGAUAAAUGCCAGAGUCCAUCUUCUAUAUCUAUUCCUCCAUCUUACAGACUGGCACAGGCUGUUGUGGUGGAGUCAGGUGCCUCUUUAAUGAUGAUGGUGGUGAUGAUGGCGGCGGCUCCAUAG